AAAGAAACAACGGCUAGAGUUACAGGGGUCUCAUACAGCCUGCCUGCAAACUUCACUUCGUACAACAGGUCUCCGUGUUUCAGACCUUGAAAACGAUUUAUCAGAUGUUGGAUGUGUUGAUAGUUGGAGCAGGUCCUCAUGCUCUCAUCCUGGCUACCCUGCUCUUGAACCCCCAGCAGCAUGUCAGCUCCUCCAAUGCAGAAAUCCUCCAGGGGAUACAGCUCAGCAAGACGAAUUCCAAGACUGGACGGACCAAGAGCAAGAGGAGAUCUGUUGAUACACUGUCAGAACUGCACAGAGACCCAGAAUGCCCACAGUGUCCUCAUGUGAACUUCAAGGUGGUGGAUUCUUAUGGAGAAUGGGCUUCCCUGUGGGAGAGCCAGUUCACUGCCCUCAAUAUCCCUCACCUUCGCUCACACAUGCUGGUACACACUAACCCUCUCAAUAAGAAAGCCUUGCAAGAGUUUGUGCUGGCGGAGGAUCGUGUAGCUGAGCUUCACUCUCUCCCUGAGAGGGUCUACAUUCAGGAUAAGAACGCCUUCUUUAAUGACGGACGCCUCGGCAAGCAAAACAGGAAGCUUCUCAGCGCUGCUCGAGGCCUGCAGAGAAACUUAUAUUUUAGCCUGCCAGGAACUCAGCUCAGUGUGGACUUCUUCAAGGAGCAGGUGCGCAGGUACCAACUGGACCAUGUCCUCAUUAAAGGCACUGUGGACAGAAUUACUCCACUGCUCUCUGAAAAACAAAAGAAAGUUGAAUUCUUUCGAGUGACUCUAGACACCGGGGACACUCUUGAGGCCAAAAGAGUGGUGCUAGCCACAGGACCCACCAGAGAACAGAUGGCAAAUAUCCCUCCAUGGGUGAGAGCAAUUGCAGAGAAUUACCCUGAAGAGCGGUUGCAGCACACGGUGGAACUGAUGCACCUCCUUUCGCAACUCAAAGCUAAAGGCAGUCACCUCACAGACACUCAAUGCUGUACUAUCACAGGCCCACCUGCUGUAUGCCAUAGCAACCAGAGAGUAAUGGUAAUUGGUGGAGGCCUGACCAGCGCCCACAUCAUCUCCAUGGCUCUGCAACAAGGUGCAAGUCAAGUGACCUGGGUCUUGCGCAAACAUGUACAGCUGAAACAGUUUGAUGUUGGAGAUGUGGAGAGUCUGAUCGGCCGCUACUCGCACAUUGAGCACGGUAUCAAGCUGGAUGGCCUGGCCUACCUGCGGCAGUUCUAUGGAGAGAGGAGUCUUCACAGGAGGCUAGCAAUGAUCAAACAGGCUCGCAAAGGAGGAGCCGUGACACCGGAGGCGUAUGCACACCUGCAGCCUUUCAUUCAGUCAGGGCAGCUGCUUGUCAAGCCAUACUGCCAGGUGACUGAGGCAACGUGGUGCUAUGAAACUCAGACGUGGAAGGUCUCCCUUUGUGAUGGUGAAAAAUGGACCGGUGACAGGAUCUGGCUUGCAACUGGCUGCAAGCUGGAUGUUAAUCAAGACCCCUUACUUUCAGACAUCAAGAAGCAUUUCCCAAUUCAGGUGCUUGAAGGAUGGCCGUGUAUAUCAGAGACACUCCAGUGGGCUCCUGGAUGUCCUGUUUACCUGAUGGGACAGUAUGCAGCGCUUCAGGUUGGUCCCCAUGCUGUGAACCUCGCAGGAGGCCAGGCGGCAGCUUUGCGCAUUGCCAAGGAUAUCAUAGAUGAACACGGCAGUGAAGAACAGAACACUGAAACCACCAAAGUGGAAAAGUCACGAACUGAAGAGUACAUUUCCCACAUGCAUGGCCUCAUGUGGCUCUGAUGCUGAAAUUUAGAUCUGUUGCACUGCAAGUGACAUUAUGUCUGGCCAGAAUUCAUUAAUAAAGCUAUCAUGACCAAGUUUGCCACCGUGAAGCUCCAGCCUGAUGGUGGAUGUUUCUAUGUCUGCAUGCAUUAGAUAAGGGUGCUAAGUCCUUGUAUAGUAACAUCCUGCCAUGACUCGCCUUCCAGACAGAUGUAGUGCACUAGUUUGCAGAUGUAGUGCACUGGGUAUGCAGUUAAGACUAUACUGUACAUACAGACACUGGCCAUUUUAAUAGGAACACCGGUACACCUGCUUGUUCAGGCCGUUAUCCAAUCUUCAGAAAAUCAUGCAGAUACAGAUCAAGAGCUUUUUGUAGUGAUGGCAAACUGAAGGAUUCCUCCCAUUAAGUAAUGCUGUGUAUAGAAUAAUAAUUGUAAUAGAUUUUGUUGUGAAGGAAUAGUUCACCUAAAAACAAAAUCAUUGAGCAAUAAAAAAUUGCAGGUUAUAAUGUUA